GUGAACUCCUCCGACGACUGGGCCCAGUUCAACGUCAGCAGGUGGAUGUGCUACUAUGCCAAGAAGUGGGAUCCAGAUUUUGUUGUCAACCUUGGAGACAACUUCUACUGGGGUGGCGUCAACGUGCAGUGCGGAGCGCCGAUGGACAAAGUCGCGGAUCCGGGGUUCCAGUGGAGCAACAUCUAUGAGAUUAUGUACAAGUGCGAUGGCCUCGACGGAAAGCAAUGGCUUGGGGUGUUGGGAAACCACGACUACGGUGGUUUCAUGUUCACCAACGGCUGGGACCAGGUGAUUGCAUAUACUUGGUCGAAGCUGAAGUUCAGCACUGGUCGAUGGCUGCAGCCGGCCCUGUACUACAAGUGCCCGGUAAAGUUCAACGACUUCGCCAUGGACUUCUUCUUCGUCGACUCGAACCUCUUCGAUGCCAACGAUUAUCAUGACGUCAGCGGCCACAACAUCUGCUCAGGCAGGGGGAAUUCUGAGUCAGUCGAUGUGAGCAAUGACUAA